AAAGAAAUACCAAAACGCGCAAUCGGCGACGAAUCCAUAAUAACAAUAUCGCACGUGAACAAUGAGAGGAUACCUGGAUUACGACGUAUGGCACGAUAAAAACGAAUGGUCGAUCGAUGAUACCGAGACAAAUCGUUUAAACGAAUACGUCAGGUCAAAGGCAGCUCGCGAGUCGCCUGCGGCAGCGAACCUGGCGGUGGUGAUCGGAGGCUCUUUCCUUAGCCUGAGCUUGCUCCUCGGGAUAGUCCUGAACCCGAGUCUUCGCAGCGGACCAAGCUGCUACGUCCUCAGCCUCCUGAUCUCGAACCUGGUACUCCUCUUCACGACGUCCAUGGAGAUGCUGAACGACCUUUACGACAUGCCCUUCGAGCCGAACGUCGAUUACGUAAUCUGCGUCACGUUCGAGGCCUCCAUCCUGACGCUCGGCGUCUUCAGCGUCGACAGAUACGCCAGCCUGUGUCAGCCGUCCUCGACGAUCGCGAUAUCCAUGAGGAAAACGUCCACCGCCGUCAAGAGCGUCCUGACCAUCUGGUCGAUGGCGGCCAUCUUGACUUCCAUGGAAUUGAAUCUGUACUACGAAUUCGGCAAUAUAAGCGUCGCAGUGAUCUCCCUCUUGUUCACGUUGAUAUUCCUGGGCCUACCGCUGAUCGUAAUCGUCAUGCUGUGCUGCCUUACGAUUCUGAAUCUCUGCAGAAGCCGCAAGGAGCCGCCCGAGGUUUGCGCCUCGACCCGCAGAAGGGACGUGGAGGAUUUUUUUCGACUUGUUCUACUCACGACCGGAAUCCUCCUGACGAUGGCGCCGUACAGGAUCGUCCAGCUCGUUUAUCGCAUAGAUCCACGGAUACCUUGCGAGCUCGAGAAUACGAGCGUCUGUUACACCAUUCUCAAGAUGUCAACCGUGAUCACGCCGAUCAUUUACGUGGCGACGUACUGCGGCUUUCGCACAGUUUACGCCCUGUCGCCUUCGUCCAGCUUGGAAGACGCCACUUAAAUGCGGCAUCUUAUGUUCGGUAUCGUUAUGCAUCCGGCGCCCGUUAACGAAAGAGACGCUUUACAGGGACCCACGCGAAAUCACUCCUACACAUUUUUUAACAAUACAGUUUUUGUUUAUUCGACAAAAGUCUCUUGCGUCACACGUCCAUUCGUCUUUCCCACGGUUUCCCGACAGCAACGCGCACAUUUCCCAUACGUCGACCCGACGCCAUAUAGAACUCGGUACUGCUUCGGAAACCGCCGUGAACUUAUUAGACGCAAUUAAUUGCCGUUCCAGUGCUAUUUUUAGCAACCAGUUACGCGACACGUGAAAAUCGUGCGAACGGCACGCACGGUUCUUAUUGUGUCGCGUGCGUGUACGCACGCAUUGCCCGUGGCCCAUACGCGCGUAAAUGCGUGCCAAAAAGGGAGGAUAGAAGAGGAUAACGUUAGAAAUUAUGAAUUCGGCCAUUUUCAGUAAUACUAUAUAUAUGCAAAUUCAUGUCGUUCUGGCU